GCAGGUUAAGAUUGCGAAGGAUCUUGGCCCCUGAGCAUAAAGUGCAACUCACUCUUGUAUCAACACAUUCAAUGAGUGACGCUGUCGUCUGCGUCCUUCAAGACUGCUACCAAAUUCUUACCCGAAGAUGGCCCGUUAUUCUUGGUGUUUAGUUGCAGCUUUGGCAGUCUGUCGAUCAGCCUUUGCCCAGACCACGGCAACGGCUGUCGGGCCCUCCACGUCCGCAUCAUCAGCACAAUCGACAGCACCAACAGCAAACCUUCCAGCUCUCGAAAUCGACGUCAUAUUUCCUCGCGAAAAUGAAACGUACGACUUUACUUCGUCAUUACCCAUCGUAUUCGCAUUUCAGAACUUCACCGCAGCCGCAGAACUUGGCCCCUUCACUUUCGCAUGGGAUAUCAUGCCGUACCACACCAUCGACGACCCAAUUCCAGGAGGUGUUCUAGAAGAUCAAUGGUCGAUAGACUUCACCUCGGAUAAUGCAUCCACGUUUACAACGUCAGAUGGAUCGCCAUUUAUCCUUGUCAACCACACAAAUCCUAAGAAUUGGAUGCAUGGACCAAACUAUGGAGGAAAUGCAUACUCGUUGAGGUGGUACAUCCAAUGGGAUGAAGUGGAUAAACAAUGCGACCGCCCUCGGCCUAACAUUGGUGUUUCGCAGGACGUGCAACUUCUCUUUACGCUUCUUCCAGCGUGGCCCAAUGAGUGGACUGCGCCCGACCCAAGUACUCUCGGGAAUGUUACAGGCAAUUGUGCGCAACUGGGCACUUUCGCUAUGGUUGACGCAAAUGAGUCGGACGUGUGCUCUAUGGAUCGGUUACAGUUGGGAGAUGGAACCCCAUGUGCCAUCAAGCCUGAUGGACCCAUGGUAACCAGCAUGUCCAAUGCGGUGGCGAGCUUGUCUUCUGCGCAAAGCGUGGCUACUGCGACUCCAACUACUACGGAGUCGUCUACCACAUCGAACGCGGCGUUCGCAACAGGGGUGCCAAUCCAGCCAGCGCUCGCUGUGGCCUUCGUCAUUGGUGGAUGGGAGUUGUUUCCGCUGUAGGGGUGUUAUUGUACACAAUGUUACAUUCAUGGGGUUUCGCGUUACUUUCUCGAGGGUCUACUUGCAGUCCGAAAUUCGGUCGUAACCUUGGAAUCAUGAACGAAUGCUGCAAUGCAUCAGGGGCCCAAACUGCUUGCUCAUAGGUGCAUCAAAUAUGCGUAAGGCAAAAGAUAUGUGGGUGUCUGCCUGCUUUCCUAUGCGCUUAUUAACUCUGGCAUUGCUGCUUACGCGGUGUGUACAGCCCCGCCGCCUCUCAAGACGCAUCACAAAAGGCUACCACGUCGCAGCUUGCCCAA